ACAUUUAGGAAAGACAUGUCUGAAAUGAAUUUAGAUAGGGCUAUCUAUUACAGUCUGCAUCCAAAAGUUCCAGCAUCCAUACAAACAGAAGAAAGUUGGCUUCAGGAAUUGACUGACAUGGAGAAGCCCAAGAAGGAAGUGCCCUCUGUAAAGAAGGAGGAUGUACCUGAAAAUCUAGCAUCUAAGUUAAGAGCAAAAUGGAUAAUUAACCCAGAAGAACAAAAACUAAGGAUUUUAUGUGAACUGGAGUUUAAGGAAGACUUCAUAACACUCUUUGAGCCCUCUCUGAGAACAUUACCCAGCAUCGGGCCACCAUCUAUUCUGACAUUCAAACAAGAGAGUUCCAAUUUAGGCAUUAAGUUCAAGGAAGAAGAGGAGGAAGUAUCACCCAAGUGUGAAUUCUGUGGGAGCGACCUAAGAACAUUUCUCUCCAGUGUGGAUGUUUCCUCUGAUUACAGCAGCUCUGAACUGCCAGAACAUACUUCCUGUUGUAGUUAUUUCCAAAAUCUGGUCGACUACAUCUAUGAAGAAAACCAAAAAAUCCAGAGCUCUAAAGCUGAAUUAAUCAGUAUUGGCCCUCAUGCCGCCCACGGCAGUGAAGCUGACAGACUCAAAGCGAAAGAAAAAGCUUUGCGGAGAAAACAAGAGCAACAAAUGGCCAGACGCUAUGAAAUUUUAACAAAAGAACAGCCUACUUUCUCUGAAGAAGAUGCAAAACACUAUAAAACAAUUUCUUAUCAAUUUUCCGUGGAUAUUCCAGAAGUAAAGUCAGUUAAGGAAGAACUAACUGAUUAUCAAGUGGACAAAAGAAAUAUAUCCAUUGUUUGCUGUGAUUCUAGAAUAGCAUGUGGAAAGAUCGUGACGAAUGAGCUCUUUGAAAAGCACUACAAACAUGGGAGCAAGUUUCUGACUUCAUUUCCUGAUGGGACAACGCAAAUAUUUUACCCAUCUGGAAACCUAGCCAUCAUCCGAGUGCCCAACAGGAUAAAUGGAUUCACUUGUAUAGUCCAGGAAGACGUGCCCACUAACCCUGCAAUCCUGGCGUUGCUAGAUUCUUCUGGUAGAAGUUCCUGCUAUCAUCCCAAUGGAAACGUCUGGGUAUACAUCAAUAUCCUGGGUGGUCAGUAUUCCGAUCAAGCUGGCAACAGAGUCAGGGCUUGGAAUUGGUCAAGUUCCACCACUUCCUCACCCUUCGUUUCAUUUAAACCCGUGUUUCUGGCUUUGAACCAUUAUGUUGGAAUCCGCAUCUUAGAGCAAGACAAGAUUUCAAUCACUUUUCUAGCAAUGGGCCAACAGGCAAGAAUCAGUGUCGGAACCAAAGUGAAGCUGCUGAAUGCUGAGGAGAUUCCAGCGCUCCGAUACCUGAACAGGGAUGACCUUCUUCUGCUGGCCAGUUUAAUAAAGAUCCGACGCCUGUUUCACAAACUGGAAGGAUGUGUGAAUUUCCCCUCCAGCCAGGUUUGGGAAAAAUUUAAGCAACCUUCCUACCUUUCUUCACUUUCUGUAAAACUAAUUGCCCUUUGUCACAAUUCUGGUAUGAAGCGAGAUAUAGUAGCAACAAUAGCAGCUAUGAUAAAUGAAAACAUUUAA